AUGCCGUCCUCCCUCAUCCGCGCCGGCGUCAACGCGCUCCGCGACCGCUCCCGUGCCGUCGCUGCGUUUGCCGGCGUCGGCGGUGGUGGUGGAGCGCUACGCGACGACUUGCCCAUGCACAGCUGGCACUUGGCGCCGGAGAGCCUUUCCGACGUCAGGCGCCUUCUGGUUUGGGCGGCGGCAUGCGUGUUCCUCAUCGUGCUCGUCGCCGCAACGUGCCCCGCCGAGUCGUCAUUCCGCGCACACCUCACCGAGCUCGCGUUCCGGCGUCACCUGGCGCACAUCCGAUCCUCAGACGAUCCCGAGGACGGCGUGCGCGCCACCAACGGUAGUACCCCAAACGGCACUACCAGUGGCGCCGACACACCUAUCGCGCCAUUCCGCUUUGCCAACCAUGUCGCUAUCACUCUUCGCACACCCAGCCUGUGCUACCGGUCUCUGUUUUUCAUCGCUCUCGCUUUUGCCGCUCCUCCGUCGCCACCAGUCUACCUCACGGACCCGGUGAUGGGAAAGCCUCCCAAAGCGUCCGGACCGCCCAAGCCCGAGCCCACAGUCGCCUACCUGGGCGUCCUGGGGCACUGGUUUAUGCUCGGACACGUCCCGGCGAUGCUGCAGUGGGCGUGGCGCGCUAUGCGCAUCGGACGCCGUGACAAGGCCCGCAAAAAGUCUGCCGCCCUGGACCGCGCAGGCGUCAUGGAAAUGCGUGCUGUCGCAUUAAAGGACGAAUCGCCAGGUUCAGGCUCCCGUCCGUCGGCACUCGUCCCCAAGCUCGUCUUCAGGACCGACUCACACAAGGACCUCGCUGAUUUACUGCCGCUGCACUCGACCCCGUCUUCCAUUCCGUCGGUGGGACCCGGGUCACGGCGCGGAUCGGUGUCUACACUCGCUCCCCUGCCAAUUCCGCCACAACAACCUGAUCCAUCGAUCGAAAUCUCUUCGCCUGUGCUUCUGGCUCUCAAGACAGACCUAGCGGCCGCGCAGGCCGUGGUCACCGAACUGCAAGCUCAGCUAGCGGCGCACGACGAAUCGGUCACGGCGUCGCAGGCUCACCUACAGUCGACAGUCGACGAGCUGCGGCAGCGACGCAAAGACGACGAUGCUGAGCGCCAGGAUCUCAAGUCGAAAACCAAGACGCUGGAGGACCAGAAGCGCCAGGCAGAAUCGGCGCGUCGCGACGCGGACAAGCGGCUCAAGGCUGCGGAAGCCGUUCGCGACGGGCUGUUGGCCAAAAUAGCCGCAGCUCUAGGGGAGAUUGAGGAUCUGAAGGAGAGCAUGGAAGCGAGCGAGAAGCAGGUCAAGAUUGUAAACGAGGAAGGCGCGCAACUUGUGGUCGACACGCGCGUAGCAGUGAGGAAGAAGACUGAGGAACUGGGAGAUCUCGAAACUCAGAUUUCUCAUCUCGACACGGCAAUCGAAUCACUGUGUAAGCAGGUGACCGACGCCGAGGACAAGCUCAAGACCGCCGAGACGGCUGCUGAGGAGGCGCGCAAGAUUGCGCCCGAAGAGGAGAUGAUGCUCAUGGCUGCUGCGUACGAGGCCGCCGCGUCCGAGUCGUACCUCCACGGGCAGCGCCAGAACCAGGUUGACAGUCGCUGGGCGUCCCAGGCCGCAGCGUACAUGGCUGAGGCCGGGUUCCCCCAGCUCGACGAGUCAUACACCGCGCGGCCCACGGCAAGCAGCACGGCCGGCGGCUACGGGCACCUGUCUCGAGCGCACCUGCACAACGCCUCUUACCGCAGCCUCAACGAUAAACGCAUGGCAGACGUUGCUGGCUUCGAAGACUUUGGCCCCGGUGCCUCGCGCUCUCUCGUACCGCAGCGCCACUCGACGCCGCCAAUCCACGAACCGUCAGAGUACGGCUCGCCGAGCACGCAAUCUGCGUCGUUCUCCAACUCCUGGCUUCCGCAGGGGCUUGUGCGCUCGCUCGAGGGUGGCGACACGCCACUCGACGUUGGCGUACCCGAGACUGACGGGGACGAAUCUCUGUUUGCGUCGCUCGAGGACGCACUGGCUGCGGGACCUGAGGACGAGGGUUCACCCAACUACGACUCUGACCAGGACUCGCCUGUGGGUUGGCCGUCGUCGGCUCCACCCUCUGGUGAACGCAGAGUGACGCCGUCUUCGCGCUUCAACACGACUCCGCCUGUGAUGAGCACCUCCGCUGCCACGUUACCUGGUAUGGGCCAUCUUCCAUCCUCGCGCCGCUGGUUCUCGACGUCGCCGAGCAGCGAGAACGUGAGCUCGUUCCACCUGUUCAAUGCUGGUCUGGGCUCGAGUGACUCGUUACCCGGUGGCUUCGAGAGCGCGUUCGCCCCCUCUGCCAGCGAGAAGAAGGCGCUCAAGUGGCCUCUUCUUGGCAAGGGCAGAUGGACGGGAGGGCAGCGCAGCCUCAGUGCCCUGGACGAGGUAACCGCCAACCUGAAGCACGACCCCGGUCCGAUCGGCAGCGGCAGUCCCCGUUCAGUCCAACCGUCUACCGGUCCCUCGGGCGCGUACAACCCAGGUCCGAGCGUCGAGGAGAUCUUCAACCGUGCUCCCGGCGCGGACUGGCCCGCGUUUACCAACGGUUCAUCCCGCUCGCCUCUCGCGUCCCCUGAAUUUGCGACGAUGACCACGACUACGACGACGGACAAUUCGUCAUUCCUCGGGCCCGGUCUGUACAACAACAACAAGGGCAAAGGACGGGAGGUCGGGGUCGAGGGCGAGGGCGAGGGUAACGAGGACGAGCACCGCGUGCCUGAGCGCAAGCCCUCGUUCCGCUUCUUCUCGCUUGCGCGCAAGGGUGCGGCGUAG